UGCACAAAGCCACGCCGAGUCAGGAGGCUCUCCCGCGCUGGUCCCGCGAGCCACUGGCGGCUGCAGGGCGCCCCCAGGCCUGUGGAGCAGGUCUGCGUGUGGGCGUGGGCACUGCCUGCGGGCUCCGAGAGCUCCCGCCCCCGGGAUUCCGGGGAGGGUUGGCGCCUCCCCCUUCCUAAAGCCAGUCUGGGUGCAGCUGCGCCAGGAGCCUUUGCGCGUCCCGCCCGCUGCGUCCCGGUCCCAGCGUCCUGUUCCCCGCGUCCCCGGCCGGCUGGCGCCAUGGGAGCCCCGCACCAACUGCUCGCACUGUGUGUCCUGCUGAGUCUAUCAGGAGCCGGAGCCCAGGACAGCAAGAACUGUGCCUUGUGGUGCCCUCCAACUUCCAAAUGUUUGAACAGCUCCGCCUGUCGCUGCAACCCGGGAUUUGGACCAGCUGAGAUCAUCACCAGGCCCUUGGAGAGCUGUGAUGACAUCAACGAGUGUGCCCUUUCCACAAAAAUGACCUGUGGAGAAUUUGCAGACUGCAAGAACACAGUGGGGAGCUACGUAUGUGUGUGCAGCGAGGGUUACGUGCUCCCUUCUGGGAGAAAAACUUUCAGCAACGCAAAGGAGAACGAGUGUCAGACGAUAUCCCAGAUGACGCCUGCCACUUCGGUUUCAGCCAUGCCUAGAAACCUCCCUGACCUCCCGGCCACCAUGGACCCAGGGACUCAGUCUGCACCCUUGGGAGGAAGGACAGAGGAUGUGAGCCAGCGGAUGCAGGACCGAAAAGUCUGCCAGGGCCAUAGCUACUUUGUCGACGACAAUGGCAACUACAUCUGUAUCUGUCCACCAGGGUUUAAGUUCAGCCCAGAGGGCCCAAGGCGAUGCACAGAUAUGAACGAAUGCACCCCUGAACAGAACCCAUGCCACAACUCCACCCACUGCAUCAACAGUGUUGGCAGCUAUAUGUGCAAGUGCCGGCGCGGCUGGAAGCCGGUUCCUGGAUCCCCCAACGGCCCCAACAGCACUGUCUGUGAAGAAGUGGAUGAGUGCAGCUCUGGGCAGCAUCAGUGCCACAACUCCACCGUCUGUGUCAACACCCAGGGGUCGUACAGGUGCCGCUGCCGCCAGGGUUGGAAGCCAAUUCCUGGUUACUCCAAUGGCCCAAAGAACACUUCUUGCAAAGCAGAAAUCCUCUUCCCUGCCUGGACCCCACCCCCUGGGAUCCACAGCAAGAGUCUCUUCCGCUUCUUUGACAAAGUCCAGAGUCUGAGUCAAGACUUCAAGCCCCAAGUGGCCAAGCAGACCAUUAAGAAACUCCUUGAGGCCAUGGAUGGGCUGCUGGAAGUUCCUGGGGACAUAAAGAACCUGUCCCGGGAAGACCAGCACCUAGUGGCCACCUGGCUGCUCUCAGACCUCGAGCACACCCUGAGGUCCCUGGCCCAGGCCCUCCCUGAGGGCAGCUUCACCUACGCAUCCCCCUCCAGCACAGAGCUGUCCCUGAUGGUCACGGAGAACGGCCAAGGAAAUGUCACCUUGGGCCAGAGCCACGCGAGGAUGCUGCUGGACUGGGCUGUGGCAACAGGAGCAGAGGACUCAGACCCCACUGUGGUGGGGAUCCUGUCCAGCCAGCAUAUGGAGGAGCUGCUGGCCAACGCUUCCCUGGCCCUGGAGCCCGAAAAGCUAGCACAGCUGACAGAGGCCCACGAGAGACCUGUCCGCAGGGUGCAGGGCACACUCCUCUCAGCUGUCAACUCCGUCUUUCUGAGCAACACCGACACGGACAAGCUGGCCUCCCCUGUCACCUUUGCUUUCUCCCACCGUCUGGAGGAGCCUGGGACAGAGCUGAUCUGCGCCUUCUGGAAGAGUGACAACAGCAGGAAUGGACACUGGGCCACCACAGGCUGCCGGAAGCUGGGGAGCGGGAAGAACAGCACCACCUGCCAGUGCGACCACCUGAGCAGCUUUGCUGUCCUCAUGGCCCACUACCAGGUGGAGGACUGGAAGCUGUCCCUGAUCACCAAAGUGGGGCUGUCGCUGUCACUCGUCUGCCUGAUGCUGUGCAUCCUAACCUUUGUGCUAGUGCGGCCCAUCCAGAGCUCGCGCACCACAGUGCAUCUGCAUCUCUGCAUCUGCCUUUUUCUGGGCUCUGCCAUCUUCCUGAUGGGCAUUGAGAAUGUAGGCGGCCAGGUAGGGCUGCGCUGCCGCCUAGUGGCGGGGUUGCUGCACUACUUCUUUUUGGCUGCAUUCUGCUGGAUGAGCCUGGAGGGCGUGGAGCUCUACUUCCUGGUGGUGCGCGUGUUCCAGGGUCAGGGCCUGGCCACGCGCUGGCAGUGCCUGAUCGGUUACACCGUACCCCUGAUCAUCGUGGCCAUCUCAGCAGCGGCCAACAGCAGUGGCUAUGGCCACACCACCCACUGCUGGCUGGACCGGAAGCAGGGCUUCCUCUGGAGCUUCCUGGCACCGUUGGCCUUCGUCAUCUUGUGCAACGUCGUCAUCUUCGUGGUCACUGUAUGGAAGCUCACACAGAAGUUUUCCGAGAUCAAUCCGGACAUGAAGAAAUUGCGGAAAGCAAGGAUGGUCACCAUCACAGCUGUGGCGCAGCUCUUUGUGCUGGGCUGCACCUGGGGCUUUGGCCUGUUUCUCUUCAGCCCAGAGAGCUGGCACAGCACAGUGCUGGCCUACGUGUUCACGGUGCUCAACUGCCUUCAGGGCGCCUUCCUCUACCUGUUGCACUGUCUGCUCAACAAGAAGGUGCGAGAGGAGUACUGGAAGUGGGCCUGUACAGUCACUGGGAACAAGUACUCAGAAUUUGCCUCCUCCACUGGCGGAAGCAGCCAGCAGACUCGGUUCCUCAGGCCAUCAGAGUCCGGGAUGUGAAGGCCAGGCUUCCAGCCAGCAGCUUGUGCGUGCUGCUGCCAACAUCCUAUCCUGUCUCGCCGCUGCUGUCCUGCACCUCGGGCUGCAUGCAAUGCUCAAGGCACAGCAGCUAUACUGUGCUCAACUUGAGAACACGCAGGAGUAACCAGUGGACCUGCUCCUGACUGCCUCUGUCAUACCCCAGCUGUGUCCUAGUAUGGCAGACCAGGCCAGGGACAGGCUUGGCCCUGCCUUGACCUGCCCCUUUGCCCUCAACCAGCUGCCAGACCAGAAAGGCCAGGGGUCUGGGCUCAAAUUCCCUAAGCUAGGACUCAUGUCAGGGCCAGAGUGCUGGCCAUGCUGAGGCUCACGGUACAGAGGCCACUGCCCACAGCAGGGCGCAUAGGCCUCAUGUUUUGAAGGUUGUUGUUGUGUUAUAUUUUAUUUUGUUUAUCUGUAAACCUUUCAGUGUUGACACUUAAAUAAAUUUCACACUGAUA